AACGACGCCGAAUCCGGUGGCGGUCACCUCCUGUAGUUGAUCCCUCUCCGGAACCUCGUUCGUCCUCCUCUCGCCUCUCGUUGACGGUGGUCGCGCUUUCUUCGCCCUGCAGAUCACUCACUGUACCGGAGUGGCUCUUUGGAGAGGCACACACGCACACACACACACCACAUAGGAUUACGUCGUGCGGGAUGUGGAAGCUCCUGGUGUCAUCGUUCGUCGUGCUGCAGUUUGCAGCCCACAGACCCCGGGCUUUCCCUCAGGGGGGACCCGCGGAGUCCUGUGACUCCAUGUUGCCCAGGCACGUGUACACUGCACCCAGGCCCGCGCACGAGUCGCCCUACACGUUUGUAGCAUCUUCGAGCCAUUAUUCGUACCAGAACGUCGAUGGAAUUCAAGUGGAGUUGGGCGGUGCAGCGUUCAAGGGCUUCUUCAUCGCCGCGAUUGACCCCGCGACGAGUCGGCGCAUCGGAACCUUCCUCAGAGUGAAGGGCACCCAUCCGGUCAAGUGCAGCGCCGUAACGCACAACGACAACCAACCCAAGAGUCACGUGUCCCUCCUCUGGUUGCCUCCAGACAACGUCCCCGAAGGAAACGUUGUAUUUAUGGCUACGGUGGUGAACUCCUACUCCAGGUACUACACGGGUCUCAUCGCAUCCGUACCCGCGGCUGGCUACGCAGCGAAGAAGAAAUGAAGAGGCACGCCUUCACCAUCCACCAAAUGAACACAUAUCAGUCGGAAAGCUCAUUGACAGUCGAAGCAAUAGAUAGGCUAUGUAUCAAUACACUGAGACCUGCGGCUUAUAGAUAAAGGAAAUAACUACGUGAGGAGGAAAAGGAAAUUAGAUAAUAGAAAUCACUUUUUUUUUAUCGACCAAUUCAAACCGAUAACCAUUCCACGACUGUUCGAAUCCAUGCCGCUUAGAAAAGUGCCACUAGUGCCUAAAAACGUUAUAUUUCUUUUAUUCCGUUAUUGAGGAACGAAGAAUGGACAUUUUUCACAUGCGCGUGGUAUCCUAGCGGUUCUCCAACGAACCAUGCUCGGCGCGCGUCAAAACAAAUACACGUGGGUAGCACGAAGGACCAAAACCGGCUCGGAGUGGGGCCAACAAGCUGGCGCCAUUCGCGCGGUCUCCCCCCACUGGUCCCCACUUCUGUCGUCCCCACACUGCGCCAUCUAGUGAAGACGGAGGUAAUCCUCCCCGGCGUCUCAAGGUCACACGCAUGCGCAUUGGCCAUUGUGAAAAAGGUCCAUUAUUCGUCUACGCGUCGUAGAUGGCCGAGAUAGAAACCCUUGAACAAACUUCCGCGUCGUGCUCUGACGUCAGAGCACCGAGAGCCUCGGCCAUUCCCAUUGGUUCUCGAAAGUACGUCACGUCUCCCGCGCUGCCUGAUUGGCGCAUCCGCCAGCAAUGACGUCAGAGCUUCGACGAGUUUCGGUGCCCGCUAUAGCGAUUUUCUUUGCGUCUAUUACUCCCUUAGCUGUGAAACUUGGGAUGCAGGCUCCACGUCAAUGCAUGUAACCUCGUUAACACAUUCAUCCUGCUACAAAGUGUGACAAGCCCAUUAAGUUAUUCAGUACGCGCAGCCAUUCUAGUUCAUAGUACUGUAGCUACCGGUAGCCCGGCAGGCUACCGCGUCUAUCGCACCCUAUCAGCAGAUAAGAAGCUGAGUCACGCUCUCUAUCAUUAGCGAGUUUUAGGAUAUAUCAUACGCAAUCGCCUUUGCGUACGCAAUGGAUAGCGUUGGCGGUUCAGCGCACAAGAGAAACAACAAGAGCGCUUUGCGUAUUGCGCAGAAGCGGGCGACAGCUUACGAUAUACGAAAACUUACUAUUGUUUCCGGCGGUAAGUUUCCGGCGGCGUUAUCAGCCGUCUACUAACGCUCGCUUAUGUCUCACGGUAAACAAUUGUCCGCAGUUUUAUCUUUAACCGUCUAUCGCUUCGACCCGAAACAACUUCCAGUGCGGUGAAUCUGGACAAUCUACAGCAAAGCCUCGUUAUAACGAAGUGAACGGGACCGAGCAAAAAUUCGAUAUAAGCGGAUGUUCCACAAAGACAGUGAUAGUAGCCUCACAAAUGAACGGAAACAUGGCAAUACCCUUGAAAAAGAAAAAAAAAAAAAACGACGACGUGAGCUGGUUUUACCCCACGGGCUUCCGUAGCAAGCGGAGUCGGCUACGAGUAAAAUUCGAAUAAUCCAGGUCAAAAUGGGGCAUGCAUCUCGGCUGAGUCUGCGUAAAACUCGAAACGGUAAUGCGAACAAAACUGUUUCGCUCACAGUUUACUGUAUUAUACAUUCCACAAUGGUGCACAGCCGAAAGUACAGAUAACAUCUUAUUCCUUCCGCGUCUCAUUACGCUUUAACGAAUCAUAUUUUUGAUCCCAGGCACCGGUAAAAGUGGCCAACUUUACCGGGAGCUUUAAGAUCAAAGGUAUACAUGGAUCCCAUUCGAGACAGGGGACAAAGCUGGCAAGGAGGACGAGCUUAUUUAAUUCUUCCUUUGGGGUUCUCUCGGUGAUGGCUAUUGCGCUAAUGAAACUUUUGAUGUGAGAGAGAUCAUAUGUGAUCACCCGAACGGCGAUCAAGUCAUAUGUGAAGUUUGCUUGCGUGAAUGAUUGUAUUGUUGUUUGUUGAUUAAAAAAUGUA